AUGAGCUCAGGCUAUUGGAGUGAGACCAGCAGGAGCAGCUGUGGGACCCAGCAGCCCCCAGAGGUGCUGCAGUGCGAGCCCCAGCAUUACCACUGCUACCAUCAGUCAAACCAAGCCCAGCAGCCUCCAGAAAAAAACGUAGUAUAUGAGCGAGUGAGGACCUACAGUGGGCCCAUGAACAAGGUGGUGCAGGCCUUGGACCCCAUCGGCUCACGGGAAGUACUCUCCCCUCUCAAAACCGCCUCCUCCUACCAAAAUUUGGUUUGGAGCGACCAUUCCCAGGAACUCAAUUCUCCAACUCCAAAAAUAUCUACUUGUGCCCCAAAUGCUCUACAUAUAAUCCAUAAUACUGAACAGGAACUCCAUUCUCCAACAGUGAAAGUCACUACAUAUCCACAGACCACUAUUAGGAGAUACAUAGUACAAAAUCCUGAACAGGAACCACUGUCUCCAUUCCUAAGAGGAGGCCAUUUCUUCCCAGGAAACAAUGUUAUUUAUGAAAAAACAAUAAGAAAAGUGGAGAAGCUAAAUAUGAAUCAGGAAUGCCAUCCUGAGGUUCAAUGCCAUCAUCACAUUGUCCAACAGCCCCAGAUCAUCCAUUCUCCACACUGUCAACAAUCCCAUUCUAGCCAGCAAAUCCAAACCAUCACAGGAAGUGAUUCAACUUCUACAAACAUUGGAAAUGAAAUGCACCAUGGUGGAUUGAGCCAGAUUCACGAGCAGAUUGUGACUUUUUUGUGUAACGACACCAGGCACCCAUACCUGCAGAGAGUAGAUCAUGAAUAUCCCCUCCGUGCUCCCAGGUACUGCACUCAAGGCUUGGGUGUACGGGUUCUCGUCUGCAGGCCCGUCCCCCGGCCCCGGAGAUCCAUCUCUGACCAUGCCAGGAAUAAGGAUGCUGCUCUGGUGUCACUCACAGGACGUCCAAGGUGGUUUGAUGUCCCUCUGCCUCAGGGCCUGUCGUGCUCUAAUGUGGCUGCCAGCAAACAGGACUUUGAGUCUACAGAUGAGUCUGAAGACAUUGAAUCAUUGAUUCCUAAAGGAUUGUCAGAGUUUACCAAACAGCAGAUUCGCUAUAUUCUGCAGUCACUAGAAAAUGACAAGAUGAGACUUGAGAAAGACUUGACAUUCAAAGAAACUCAAAUAAAAGAGUAUGAAGAACUCUUGGCAUCGGUCAGAGCAAAUAAUCGCCAGCAGCAGCAAGGACUUCAAGACUCAAGCUCAAAAUGCCAGGCAUUGGAAGAAAACAAUCUCUCUCUUCGACAUACACUAUCAGACAUGGAAUACAGACUAAAAGAACUGGAAUAUUGUAAACGUAAUUUAGAGCAAGAGAAUAAAAACCUUAGAAUGCAGGUUUCUGAGACUUGUCCAGGCCCAAUGUUGCAGACUAAAAUGGAUGAGAUUGGAAACCAUUACAUGGAGAUGGUAAAAAACUUGAGAAUGGAGAAAGAUAGAGAGAUCUGCAAGCUAAGGGAACUCUCAAAGUUGAGACAAGAAAUAUAUUCAUCUCAUAACCAACCCUCAAGUGGUGGAAGGACUACUAUUACUACUAAAAAAUACAGGACCCAGUAUCCAAUCCUAGGCCUCCUGUAUGAUGACUAUGAAUAUAUACCACCAGGUAGUGACACACAGACUAUUGUCAUUGAGAAAACAGAAGACAAAUGGACUUGUGUAAGUACACUUGGGCAUUUCUAG